GGGCUGGCGGCUCCUGCUCUCCUUCCUUCCCUCCCUCCCUUCUUUCUCUCCCUUUCCAAGUUUCUGCUCCUCCCUCCUUCGCACAAACUUUCCCGUCGCUCUUGCUCGGCGCCCGGCUAGAGCUCCUUUCGGUGCGCGGCGGAUUCCUCAGCCAGCCAGCUAGCUAGCCAGCCGCGCCUCCCCCCUUUUCCUGCUUCCCUGUCACCUUCUUCCCCCCUCACCCAACCGACCCAAAGCCUCAAGCAGCUGCACCGGCGGGACCACCACCCACCCUUCCCCGGACGGAGCACGGAGUUGCUGAGUUGCCAUUUGGGGCUCAGGGUCAGAGCCCAGAGCAGCCAUCACAAUAGCGUCCAACAGCUGGAACGCCAGCGGCAGCCCCGGGGAGGGGCGAGAAGAUGGACAGGAGGGGAUGGACAAGAGCCUGGACAAUGAUGCCGAAGGAGUGUGGAGUCCAGACAUUGAACAGAGCUUCCAGGAGGCGCUGGCAAUAUACCCGCCGUGUGGCCGGCGGAAGAUUAUUCUCUCGGACGAGGGCAAAAUGUAUGGUCGCAAUGAAUUGAUAGCAAGGUACAUCAAGUUACGGACGGGGAAAACAAGGACAAGGAAACAGGUGUCCAGCCACAUACAGGUUCUAGCUCGGAAGAAGGUGCGAGAGUACCAGGUUGGCAUUAAGGUCUCUAGCCACUUGCAGGUUCUAGCCAGACGGAAAUCUCGUGAGAUUCAGUCGAAGCUGAAGAGUCCACAAAGCAGGAGCUGCCAUUACCAGGCUAUGAACUUGGAUCAGGUCUCAAAGGACAAGGCUCUGCAGAGCAUGGCUUCCAUGUCAUCGGCACAGAUCGUAUCUGCCAGUGUCCUGCAGAACAAGCUCAGCCCCCCUCCUCCACUCCCUCAGGCUGUCUUCUCUGCUGCUCCCAGGUUUUGGAGUGGGCCUAUCCCAGGACAGUCUGGACCUUCUCAGGACAUUAAACCUUUUGCACAACCAGCCUACCCCAUCCAGCCACCCAUGCCUCCAUCACUAGCCAGCUACGAGCCCCUGGCUCCUCUCCCACCUGCUGCCUCGGCUGUGCCAGUCUGGCAGGACCGCACAAUCGCCUCCACCAAACUGCGGCUCCUUGAGUAUUCAGCGUUUAUGGAAGUGCAGCGUGACCCUGAAACGUAUAGCAAGCACCUCUUUGUGCACAUUGGACAGACGAACCCCUCGUACAGCGACCCACUGCUGGAGGCAGUGGACAUCCGCCAGAUCUAUGACAAGUUCCCUGAGAAGAAAGGUGGCCUGAAGGAGCUCUAUGAGAGGGGGCCCCAGAACUCCUUUUUCCUGGUCAAGUUCUGGGCGGAUCUGAACAGCACCAUUCAGGAUGGUCCUGGUGCUUUCUAUGGUGUAAGCAGUCAGUAUAGCAGUGCAGAAAACAUGACCAUCACAGUCUCCACUAAAGUGUGCUCCUUCGGAAAGCAAGUAGUCGAGAAGGUGGAGACGGAAUUUGCCCGGAUGGAGAACGGACGGUGUGUGUACCGAAUCCAUCGGUCCCCCAUGUGCGAGUAUAUGAUCAACUUUAUCCAUAAACUGAAACACCUCCCAGAAAAAUACAUGAUGAACAGCGUCCUGGAGAAUUUCACCAUCCUGCAGGUUGUUACGAACAGAGAUACCCAGGAAACCUUGCUCUGCAUAGCCUUUGUUUUUGAGGUAUCCACCAGCGAGCACGGAGCCCAGCAUCAUGUGUACAAGUUGGUCAAAGACUAGAGGCCCCUUUGGGGUGACCGGGCAAUUUGAGGAAGAAGAGAAGACGUCUUGUCAGAGAAGCCACCCGAAUAGGAUGCCUUGACGCAAGUCUUUUGAAAAAUGAACACACAACACACACACAAAGCAAUGCCAAAAAGACUGUAUAACAAUCACAGAUGUUUUCUACUUAGGAACAAUUUUUUAAAAAAGAAAAAAAAGAAAAGCGUGACAGGAAAGCAUAUAGCAGAAGGAGAGCUGUAUCAAGGAGGACUGUUCCUGGGGGCUCGGUCAUCAGUAUUUCAGGAGACAUUGGCGCCAAGGCCUGGUACCUCUGGAUAUCUCUCCCGUCACACAACACUAGAACAGCAUCUAGUGAAACAAGACUGCCAACUACUUCUUAAUACCUGGAUGUGCCUAUAUAUCCCGUGCCAAUUUGUCCUCAAAACCUGGGUGGUUUCAUUUAGAGAAAAGCGUUCUGUGAGGGCUGCUAAGGAUGUCUGUUCUGGGAAGGGAUGGGGAAUCAGAUGCUGCCUUGUUUAUUUGACCGAUCCCACUCUGUUCGAGACACCGACAAAAAAGAUGAAGAGUUUUCUUCCAUCUCUUUGACCCAGGCUGCGUGCAGAGCCAGCACAGGAAAUUGGCAGCUUGCGUCAUGUGGCACACAUGCCACCCAUGGGUUAAUUGCAAGAAAACGAUUUUGUUCCAACAUUUUCCUGGGCAUUUUCUAUUGCAGGAUGUGGUGGUGGUGGGAGGGCGCCAGGAGUUGAUUAUGGCAGGAAUGUGGUGAUUUUACAUCCAUGUGCCAGAUGUUUGGAUAAUAGACAGGAGUAGGGUUGCAGGAUCGUGUGUGUGUGUGUGCGCGCGCGUGCCAACAAGGAAUGGAGAGACUUAAAGAUAUCUGUCUGUGGGAUGUUAAAAGGUUAGAGUAUGUAUUAAGAGGAAGGAGGGCUGCUCAGCUGGAGGAGAGCAAUUCAGGAAAUCAUAGAUUUGCAAUCAUAGGGUUGCAGAUAAGCAGGCUGACCCUAGUUGAGCAAAGAGAUGACUGGAAAAAUAUUAGGGCUGGCUAAGGUUGAGUUACUUGGGGGGGAAAUCUGAAUUUGUAUGGGAUUUUUAACCAGCUCUCGAUGGAGCAUUAUUGUUGUUGUUGUUAUUAUUACAUCUGCCAUGUCAAAAACAGCAUGAGAUAAGCUUAGACCAAAGUUCUUGCUGCCUGGGCAUUGUUCUGGUAAGGUAUUAAUUUCCCUUCUGCUUCUCUGUUCAUCUGUGGUAGUCAUCCAGGAAAGGGCAUGAUCUAAAUAUCACGAUGCAAAUCUUUCCUCUGGAUUAUGUACUUCCCACCUAGGAUAUCUUUGUGGAGGCUGCUUAAAAAAACCAACAACACCAAAGCGUAAAUUGCGUAUUCUGGCAGCCUAAACCCAAGGAGGUGCUGAAAGAUGAAACAAAGUACAAUAAUGUCAUACAGAAUCCCUCUUCAUUUGAAAGCUGUACUGUUUGCUGUUGGAAAUGCUGAAGAAAGUUUCUGUGUAGGGUUUAAGUAUAAACAUGAGCCCCAAUACCUUAAGCUUGGAGACUAAGACAGUGGGCUUAUGAUUUAAAUUGGUGCUUAUAGGAAUCCUGUUACAUGAACAGUGCCAAGAUAUCAGUAACCUCACUGUACAUGGCACCUCCGGGGCUCAGGCCCAUAGGUUUCAGCUAUACUUUGUCUAAAUGCUAGUUUGUAGUUUUAAAUAAUAGAGGAACUAACAGAAUGUAAUGUUUGUGCCUUCCUUCCUUUAUUUUUUACCAUUGAACUUUUUCUGUUUUGUCCUUCAGCUUUUCCCUGGCUACAUGGUGAUUUGUUUGCUUUUAAGUUGGUUGAUUUUCUUUUUCAAAAAAAUUCUCCUUGCUGCUCCAUCCUUUCUUUAGUCUGGUACAUAGCUGCCAAGUUAUCCCUUUUUUAAAGGGAUUUUCCCUUAUGCUGAAUAGGCUUCCUCGCGAGAAAAGGGAAAACUUGGCAGCUAUGGUCUGGUAUACUCUUACUCCACCCACUUAGACAGACUAAUCUCCACCCUAUGCUGCCAUGGGCCUGGUGAGAUUCCUAUGGAGAAGCCUCAAAACAUUGGAAAAAGGUGCAAUACAAUGCAAAAGAAAAAGAAAAGCCAUUUGCAAGCAAGGAGAGAAUUUGAGGUUUCCACUUCUACGAGGAAAUUGGAAGGCACAGACUUGAGUUUGCAAUUACAUUUUUUUAAUGCUUGGGGUAUUUGACUAUAGCUUUAAAUGGAGGUUGGCUCAAGACAUUUUGCUCUCUGAGGCUGAGCAGCAAAUGCUCCCCCCACCCUCAGUGCAUAGUUCUUAAGGCUGGUUGAGUUAUUUUGGCACCUGAGGCAGAAAAUCCCACAGGUGCAUCUUCCCACCCCUGGUAAUUUCACAUGUUUCUGCCAUUUCCAUGAGACAUCAACACAGCUGCCUGAGGAGACCAUUUCACUCUAUCUAAUGGUAGGACCAGACCCAAUUUGUAAGAAGAAAUUUCACCACCAGGAUCAUUUUCAUAGUGGUAUCAAGAUUUGUGCAAUGAGAUUCCCAAAGAGACAGUGGAAGGGAGCUAGGAAUUCAGGGUGUGUUGGCUGUGGGCAAAAAAAUUCUGCUAAAAGCAGAUUGUGGUGAUGCUGAAGUACUGGGUGCCUUUCAUUGGAACGUAAGGGUCAGGUUUUUUUAGAGCUCCACCCUUCUCUGUUGUCUGUCUUAGAAGGUAGGAGAUAAUGUAAUGGAGAUGCCUCGUAAAGUCUUGAUGUCUAGCUUUUCAUAACUGACUUGGGGCCUCUCCUUCAGGCCUGGCCUGUAUCACCACUGCAUUGUUGAUUUAGCACCCAUGUUUCGACUGUGGAUAAAGGACAAAGGCAUUGGCUAACCCAAACUUAAGUCUGGCUGACGCAGGCUAAGAAUGUUCCCAGGAGCCUUCGGACUGCCUUUUGAGUACAACAUGCAGCUGAGAGGUGACACCAUGAGAACAACUGACAGAAUUGUUUCCCAGCUUUUUGAAGGACAUUUUUAAUUAAUAUAAUGAUUUUUUUUCCUGUGAAGUGUUUUGAAUUGAUGCCACCCAAGAACUUCUGGAAAACUCCACUAGAAUGUUGAAAUGAACACUCCUCUGUGUGUUAUGUGGGACCCCUGAGGUGGUAAUGGGAAUGGUACGUGGAGACUGGUUUGGUAGAUCAGCAAGUCACAAAUUGCUCAGGAACAGUGCCUUACUUUGCAACACAUGUUGCAUUCCUGGGGGAUGAGCAACAGCUGCAGAAAGUUCUAAAAAUCAGUUGUAAUCUAAAUUCAGGUGAGCACUUCUUCUAUCCCCUGCCUCCAAUGUGAUAAUCCUACUGCAUCGCCCUUGGCAAAGCUGAUGGUCCCAUGCAUCUCUGUAUGUGAUGUCUUGGGCAAACUGGUCUCUCUAGUGCCACAACUCUUUCUCCGGUGUAUUAUUACUCUUAGGAAGAACUGGCUAGUUUGUGAAAGCCAGCUUGAAGUUCAGGUACGUUUCUGAGACCCCUGUGCAUUGGGCGGGGGGAGAGGUACAGCAUCCUUGGAACUGAAUAACAGUUAUUGCUAUUAUAGUGGGAGGAGGUAGAGUUAAAAGAGGCAGGAUGUUGAAUUGCUUAUGAUUACAGCCAGAGCCUUUGCAUCUGUAAGGAGAGGAGAGCUGGCUAGUUUAUAUGUAGCAUGUUUAUUUUCAUUCCUAGAUCAAAAACUCUGGGAAUUAAGGCUAAAACUUUCCCUGUUCUCCUUAACCUAUGUACAAUAGAUUUCCCUUUUCUGCUAAACAUACUUUUUUUAAGGGAGGGCAUAUAUAAACCCCUGGGGCAGAGACUUCAGUGUACAACAUGGGGGAAGUGGAGCAGAGCCUUAGUCUUGCCUAAACCCCAACUUCCUUAUAGAAAAACUGUUUCUUGUAUUUUAUCCACAAUCUUCAACCCAGCUGGAGUCUUUGGAAUAAACCUCCUCCAAAACUGGACUAUGUUACAUUUCUCAUCUUUCCCCUUUUCAGUCCUUUCGUGCCAUCCCAUUCUUGCUUUCAGUGCAACAUGUAGUUAGAUCCAUUCCCCAGCCUUCCUGCUUCUAGAAUCCCCUGCACGCUGGCCACAAGUAUGAGCACAAAUACAAACCACUGCCCAUCUGGGUGUCCCUCAGAGAAUGGCAGCAAGGCUAAAGAAAUGCCAGCUUCACGAAUCUCUCUUAGUUGGACAUAAUACUGGUACCCAAAAACUCAAGUCACCAAGUCUCAUGUCACCCCACAUCCCAUGUAUUUAUGAAUUUCACAUGAAGUACUGUUUUAUUUUUUUAAAGACUUUGUAAAGCUUACCAGGGUUAUGGUCACCUUUUUAGAGCUCUGUCAGUCCACAUUGUAAAACCAUUUUUAUGUAUUAUAUUUUGUGUAUUUUUUUUAAUCCAGCUGUGAUGGGUUGUAUCAUAUAUUGUUGUGUUUACUGUAUGUCCAUCUUCAAGUAGAUGAGACAGUGGAGCUUCUAGAAAGCUAUGGUCUGCUGAAAACUAUUAAACUUAUUUGUUCAUGGGUUGGCUCAAA